AUGAUCAUGAUGAUGAUGAUGAUGCUCGUGAUGACCGCCUUCAUCGUGAUGGCCUUUAUGGUCAUGAUGAUGGCCUCCCUUUUCGUGAUGGCCCUUUUUACCAUGCUCAUGAUGAUGAUGACCACCAUGUUUGUGGCCCUUAUGGAAUUCACCUCCCUUCUUAUGACCAUGCUCCUCAUGGUGUCCUCCGUGAUGCUCAUGAUGGCCGCCAUCAUGGUGAUGGUCAUGGAAGUGCUUUUCUUUCUUGAACUCGUCGUGCUUGUGGACUCCGUGAUGUCCCUUAGUCGAGUGUCCUUUGUGGUAGUGGCCUUCUUCGUGAUGCCCAUGUCCUUUGUGCCCUUUCUCACCAUGGUGAUGCUCAUGGUGAUGCCCGUCGUCAUGGUGGUGGUGCUUUUUGUGUCCGCCAUGUUCGUCGUGGUGCCCCUUAUGGCCUUCAUGAUGAUGAUGGCCCUUUUUGCCGUGCUCAUGGUGGUGAUGGCCCUUGUAGCCCUUGUGCCCCUUCUCACCGUGGUCAUGAUGAUGGUCUGCGUGGUGCUCAUGGCCUCCACCUUUAUCCCAUUUCCCGCCGUGAUGGCUAGCAGCAACCUCCAAAUCCGUGUCCCGUUUUUCCCGCGGAACUUCACGGCAGCUGACGCAAGCCAGCGCCGC